CCCGUGGCCAAGCAGGCCCCUUGGCGCAGGGUGGCCCGGGAGCCGACCAGGGACUCCCUGCGGGACCAGAUCCUGCAGAAUCGCCAGGAGUUCGAGGCCGCCAAGGCGAAGGGCUCAUCGGAGCCUGCAGCCCAGGCCUGCUCUGCGGCUUCGGUGGCCAGUACGGAGAGGGCCCCAGAGGCAGACAGGGCCAAGAGUUGGAAGUGCUCGGACCCGAAGUGCAGGUUCAAGAACGUCGGGUUUCGCGAGCAUUGCUGGAUGUGCACUGCAAGUGCCCCUCCUCACAUACUGGAGCAGCACCCGGCGAUCCGCCGUCGGGCGGUGCAGGGAGUGCCGCAGGAGCCGAAGGAGGAGGAGCCGCAGGGCGCCGCCAGGCUGAAGGCGCAGCAGGAGGGCUUCUGCACCAAGGAGGAGGGCCAGCGCACAAUGAAGGAGAGGGCGAUCAGUUGCCGGCUGGAGGGAGAGAUCAAGUGCUUCGCGCAGUCGGUGCUGGAGCGCAGGCCGGACAGCGUUCUGACUUCUCGCCCCGCUGCUUCUACAUGUGAGAUGGUGCCUCCCGAGACGAAGAAGAACAGGAACGUGCUGGACUACGCGUUCAUGUUGUGGAGGCGCCAGGUCGUCCGUGACCGCGGCUGUGUCUCCACUGGCGGGAACGCUUACGACUUCAACAACUUCAAGGGCAAUGGUGUCGCCGAGCAGAGCCUCUUCUGGGGCCCCGACACGCUGGGCAGUGGCACGAACAACGGGGAAGGCGAGGAGAAGGACCACGGGCCGAAUCCCGUGGGCGCAGGGCUCUACGGCCACGUCGGUGGCGGAGACUUGGGCUCUGACGCGUACGAUCUCGACGGCGACGAGGAGUUCACAAGCGGCAUCCCUGACCUGCCUGCGGUGCCGCCAUGGCACUCCGUGGAUGUCGAGACGGACGUCGUCACCGACAGCACUGCAGCUGGUGCCAAAGACGGCGACGAGUUGACCCGCGAACACGACCGAGAGAAACUCGAAAAGUGCUGGGCCCUCUUCUAUGACUCGGGCAGCAGCUCUGACAAGGCGAAGGCCAUGGAAGAGGUCAAGGCGAUGCUUGCCAUG